AUGACAUUUUCGUACCGUUCAGCCACGUCGAGCAGUCUUUUGUUGACAACUCUCGAAUUCAAUGGCAAUACCUUCUCACUUGUCGAACGAGUCAACAUUCUCGAGGCUGCUGAGAGUUUCAAUGCGAAUCUAUUAGGCCAGGUCCGCGUGCAGCAGGCUAAGGAAUGUUUGCCUUCGAAGAUCGUGGUAGAGGUCUUUACAGACGACAGAGCAGUGGGGCACGGGUCUGCAAUUGGCCCUUCUAUUGUAGAUUUCGAGGAGGAUGUAAUGACGCUCGACCUGCAAAGAACAUUGAUCCAGCCCUUCGCUGGGCGUGUCGAUGUAGUCAUAUGGAUUGAACCUGGAACAAAGCUCGACCUUCUCUACAUCGAUGUAACCCACCUUGGCGUCCUCUCUGGUGCUCGUUCAAAAAAAUCAUCUUGCAAGGCUGCUGUGACGACAGGUGCGGAUUUGACGUACCCCUAUUGUCCACAUGAGAAUAAAGCCUUCUUCGAGUCUAAAAAUAUUACCAUCGUCGCCGGCUCCAAUUCUGUUAAAGGCAUCUUCCCUCUGUAUGAUACUCUAGAUGUCCGCACGACAUCAGGCAACAUAGACAUACAGGUGUCACCAAAAGGCGUCUCAGAUCCCAUUCAGCCCGCAAAUCUGAUGCUGCACACGCGAAGUGGAAAGAUCAACUCGGGUCUCCUCUCAUUAAACGUUCCUGACCGCAACUAUACCAAUACCAUAUCGAGUUAUAGCGGUAGUAUCAACGCAGUCAUUUUGCAUGGAAACGCCACAACGAUGCGAACAAUUAGUAGUUCUAUAAGAGGGAACAUAUAUCCAUAUGGAUUCAAUGGUACGCGCACGUUCAUUGACACCCGGACUGCAAGCGGACACCUCAAUCUCACCGUGAACCCAUCCCUCUCACAUCCAGAGGAUGCUAUCGACCGCCUUUCGACAAACCACCGGACCACGUCAGGAUCGCAGGCAGUGUCCUACCCAGAUACUUACCAGGGUACUGUCGAGGCGUCUUCAGCUAGUGGAUCCGUAGAUAUUCAAUGGGAUGGCUUCAAAGUCAUAGAGGACCAAAACGGAGGUGAUCUGCGAAAUGAUGGCCAGCAAGAGGUACAUGUGAGAGUCGCACCCCUUUUGCGAACGCAGACCGCGUGA